AUUCUUUACUUCUUGUUCUAUUCUCUCCCUCAUCACUUUGAUUUGUCGUUCUCCCAUCUUGCACUUUUAUCCGGUGGCGAUACCAACUUGAGACGGCGGCCGACAGAAACAAAGGGUCACCUUCAGUUGAGAGAAGUGAAGAACAGAACAUUGGUUGAAACUUCCAAAAACAGAGGAAUCGAGAAAAAAAAAACACAAGUUCUUAGGUUUUCCGACUGUGGUAAAAAAAAUGGAGUUUUGCCCAAGUUGUGGGAACAUGUUACAGUAUGAGUUGCCGCAUAUGGGUCGGCCUUCGAGGUUCUUUUGCCCGACUUGUCCUUACGUUUGUCACCUUGAGAACAAGGUUAAAAUAAAGAGAAGGCAGCAUCUUGUUAAGAAAGAAAUAGAACCCGUUUUCAACAAAGAAGAUAUGAAAAUGGGCGGGUCUGAGACUGAUGCAACAUGCCCUUCUUGUAGCCAUGGGAGGGCGCUUUUCUCACAGGUGCAGAUCCGGUCAGCUGAUGAGCCGGCAACAACAUUCUAUCAGUGCUUGAAAUGCGAAAAGAUGUGGCGUGAGGAUUGACUACGUAUUAUUUCCCUCUCUUAUUAGGCCCUGUCUUUGUGGACAUGAUUUUUGAGUUGCAAAUUUUCAGUUUCUUGAGUUAAUCCUUUUUUUUUUUUGGCAAAAUAGACAAACUCUUCAGCUUUGCUCAUCUCAUUGCAUGUGGUUGGGUGGUCGGAAGUUUAAUUCUUGCUCAUGAGAAUGGAACGCAUUUCAUGAUCGACGGUUUACCUUUUCGAACUCGUGGGUUGUACUGAUUAUUGCAAAAGAAAAAUAAAGAAUAUGUUUUGUA